UUCCAUACAUUAUAAACUACAUAAAUUUUUUAAGUUGAGUGUGUAGGAGAGAAAAUGGGUUCAAUUACUACACUUACAUCUCUAGUUGAGGUGGGCAAACUUCAAAAUAGGUUCAUAAUGGACGAAGAUGAACGUCCUAAGGUUGCAUAUAACCAAUUUAGCGACGAAAUCCCGGUGAUCUCUCUCGAUGGAAUCGAGGAUGAUUCACCAGGUGGACGAAGGGAGGUUAUAUGCAUGAAAAUAGCUCAAGCUUGUGAAGAGUGGGGGAUGUUUCAAGUGGUGGAUCAUGGGAUUGAUCCUAAACUUGUUCAUGAUAUGAGUAGCAUGUCUAAGGAGUUCUUUGCUUUGCCUGAUAAAGAUAAAUUGAGGUUCGAUAUGAGUGGUGGUAAAAGAGGUGGUUUUAUUGUAUCUAGUCAUAUUCAGAAUGAAAUAGUAGCGAAUUGGCGUGAAAUGGUGGCUUUCGUUCCGUACCCAAUAGAAGAAAGGGAUUACACUAGGUGGCCUGAUAAGCCCAAAGAAUGGCGUGAUGUGACUGGAAUGUAUAGUGAGAAUAUGAUGGGCCUUGCGACUAAGCUUCUAGAAGUUUUAUCUGAGGCAUUGGGCCUUGAAAGGGAGGUCAUGAUACAGGCUUGCAAGCAGAUGACACAACGCAUGGCAGUCAAUUUCUAUCCAAAAUGCCCUGAGCCCAAUCUAGCAAUUGGGCUUAAAAGACAUACUGAUCCAGGUACUAUUACUAUACUACUGCAAGACCAAGUUGGUGGGCUUCAAGCUACUAAAGAUGGUGGGAUCAAUUGGAUCACGGUUCAACCCGUUAAAGGUGCUUUUGUUGUCAACCUUGGUGACCAUGCAUACUAUGUUAGCAAUGGAAAAUUCAAGAAUGCAGAACAUCAAGCAGUGGUAAAUUGUGAUCAUAAUCGAUUGUCAAUUGCCACAUUCAUAAAUCCAGACCAAGAGGCAAUUGUGUAUCCCCUUAAGAUUGAGGAGGGAGAAAAGACAAUUCUAGAAGAGCCCGUUUCAUUUGUUGAAUUGUACAAGAAACAUUUUAUUAAUCACCUGGAGCGAGCCAAGGUGAAGCAGCUAGCAAAGGAACAAAAACUUUCAAAAGAAAAAUUAGAUUAUGAGAAGCUUCAAAUCGGUGGAAAAAAUCAUAAAUCCCUAGAAGAGUUACUCGCAUAAUCAAAUGCGAUAACAUCGAAUCACAUUAUUCUACUCCCUCCGUUCUCUUAUGUUAGAUAAUAAUUUAAAAGUUUUAAGAUUAUUAGCAAUGUUAUUGUACAAGUGUGGAGAAUAAUUAUGUUAACUGUAAUUCUGGCAUUCAAUAUAUAUAGUGUUACAAUACA